AUGACAUCCACUGGCAUGCUUUUAGUCGAUACAUCACCACAGCCAUACACACUCUCACGGGCGACUUGGCAAUCACAAAAUCUCCCUGUGAAGCCAUUUUCCACGAGAGUGGAUACUUGGGCGGAAGAUGGUUCAGAAGACGACAUAUGCGAGGAGAUCGAAGACAACGUCAUCGAUAUCCCCUCUCGGUACAACAAGGGCAACUUUAAAAAAUUUCGCCAAUCCCUCAGUUGCCUAAUGGUCGAGCAGGUGUUAGCCGCUGAGAUGAUCAUCGCCCAGAUUUCGGACCACAGAGGCCAACUAGCCACAUUCAAACAUUGUCUCAUAACGGUCUGUAAAGAUCAUGUCAAAUCUUCUGACACCGAUGGGCAUUGGCCAGUUCGGCUGAUGGAACUGAGGCCCAUCGUCUUGGCCGUCAUCAACUUUCUCCUUGAGCGAUGUUGGCGCAGACAAGGCAAGGCUCCGGGCGAGACAGUGAACGAGGUGGGCUUCCUGGAUAUGCACACAAAAUUGGAGUCGGCUUUGCUCAUCGACGUUUUCCCAGACGUCACCAAGCUGCCAACUCUCGUGGCCCGACUUCAAGAGUGCUUCAAACGGCUGCAUAAGCACCGCCUUGAUAGUCUUUGGGACCUCGUAUACGUGAAACGACAAAACGAAGGCUAUCAUGACUGCGUAUGCAGCUCAACGUCAGCUAUGAGUAUUGCUGGAGCCUUUACCUGCAUGUCCCGUUUUCGGAAGUUCACAUUAACCACUCGACAGAGGGCUUGCCAAGGGGUCAGUGUCCGGCCCAUGCCAGGCCAGCGUCCCGUUCCACAUGGCGUGGCAAUCAGACUCGGCAACCUACGGCCCAGCACCCGGACGAGGGCGCUACCACUAUCCUAUCUAGAACAAUGCGUCGAGACCCUUGAUAAAGAUUGA